AUGUCGAAAGAAACAGCGUCUAUGAGAGAAAUAAAACACAACCGACAACUCAUUUUGCAAGCUCUAAAUAAGAACACAACAAACUUUUCAAACUAUUCUAAGAUAUCUGAGUCAUUGAAAGAAGGAAACUUAAAACUGACAUUAAACCCAAUGACAGAUGAGUUUCUAUUUCAAGACAAUAGGAACCAUACUGUUUGUAUAAAUCCAACAAAAGGAACUUUAAACGAGAAACCUAUAGAUGAACUUCUUUUGAAAGCAGAUGUUGGCAACAAAGCUGACAAAGAAUAUGUAGACGAUGCAAUAGCAAAAGAAGAAGAAAGAGCUAACAAAGCUUAUGCAACAAAAGAACAUACUCAUCCUGAACUAGCAGACAAAACAUAUGUUGACAAUAAAAUGUCAAGUGAAGUGACAAGAGCUGAAAACGAAUAUUCUAAAAAGACUCAUACACAUACUAUAUCUGAAAUAACAAACUUACAAGAAACCUUAAACAGGAAAAGUGACGUUGGACAUACACAUACCAUUGCAAAUAUUGCAAACUUACAAGAAACCUUAAACAGGAAAAGUGACGUUGGACAUACACAUACCAUUGCAAAUAUUGCAAACUUACAAGAAACCUUAAACAGGAAAAGUGACGUUGGACAUACACAUACCAUUGCAAAUAUUGCAAACUUACAAGAAACCUUAAACAGGAAAAGUGACGUUGGACAUACACAUACAUCUUCUGAAAUAACAGACUUAAACGUUAG